AUGCGAAGCUGGAGCCCGACGUCCUACAACGUUGUCGUCAGCGCGUGCGAGAAGAGCAAACAGUGGCAGUGGGCUUUAGCGCUGCUCUGCGAGAUGAUGGAUGCGAAGCUGGAGCCCGACGUCGUCUCUUAUACACUAUCCGAAGUAGUGCGUGCGACAAAUGCGACCAGUGUAAGCAUGACUCUCGAGGCAGAGCCGCUCAAGAGGCCCGCAGGGCGCCCUGACGGCCCCGACACCUACAACGUUGUCGUCAGCGCGUGCGAGAAGAGCAAACAGUGGCAGUGGGCUUUAGCGCUGCUCUGCGAGAUGAUGGAUGCGAAGCUGGAGCCCGACGUCGUCUCUUAUACACUAUCCGAAGUAGUGCGUGCGACAAAUGCGACCAGUGUAAGCAUGACUCUCGAGGCAGAGCCGCUCAAGAGGCCCGCAGGGCGCCCUGACGGCCCCGACACGCCCCCAGCGCGACCUGGAAGAGUCCAAGACGGUCACACUCGUCGAAGCGAUUAG